UGAAACAGAGCGCUACAAAAAGAUUAAAUGGCAAGAUGUCCGCGUUGGUGACCUGGUGCAUUUAUCUAAUAAUGAGACCGUGCCGGCAGAUAUUCUGCUUCUGCGAACGAGUGACUCACACGGUGCCUGUUAUAUUGACACUUGUGAUUUAGAUGGUGAAACAAAUCUAAAACGGAGAGAAGUUGUGCGAGGUUUUACAGAUAAACAGAAUAUAUUCACACCAAGUAAAUUCGUGAGUCGUGUCGAGGCUGAUGCACCCACUACAAAACUUUAUAGAUUCCAUGGGGCCUUAAUACAUCCAACUGGGAAUCGCAUACCCAUUGCCACAGAAAAUUUGCUGCUGAGGGAAAGUCGCCUGAAAAAUACUGAUUUUAUUGAGGGCAUCGUGGUGUAUGCAGGCCACGAAACAAAAUCAAUGCUGAACAACAGUGGCCCUCGGUAUAAACGCUCUCAUGUCGAACAACAGAUGAAUAUUGAUGUGAUAUGGUGUGUGAUAAUUUUAUUGAUAUUAUGCAUUGUGGGUGCUGUUGGCUGCAAAAUGUGGUUAACCUCUUUUAAGCAUUUUCCUGUACCAUAUCUACCUUUUGACGUUAACCCCAGUUAUGAAGGCCUUUUGACUUUCUGGACGUACAUAAUAAUAUUGCAGGUGAUGAUUCCAUUGUCUUUGUACGUUACAAUCGAAUUAUGCAAAAUCCUCCAAGUGUACCACAUACACAACAAUAUUGACUUGUACGACCAGGAUACAAAUAAAAAGACAGAAUGCCGCGCAAUGAACAUUACAGAAGAAUUGGGCCAAAUACAGCAUAUAUUUUCAGAUAAAACAGGAACACUCACUGAAAAUAAAAUGCUGUUUCGGCGAUGCAUUGUCAAUGGCAUUGACUACAAUCACCCGCCUUCUGAGUUGGAAAAAUUGCAUUCAAAGCCAGGCACGCCUGCGCCACCGUUAAUAUCAAAUUCCACAUUGAUGAAUGAUAUGCUAGAAGUAAUAAACUCUGGCCACUGUUUAUCGCCAAAUGCGCAACGACUUCAAGAAUUUCUUUUGGUAUUAGCAAUGUGCAAUACUGUGAUUGUAAGCGCCACACCCCAUCAUGAUUUGAUGAAUGCCAGUGGCAUAAUGGAGGUUCAAGGAGCGAGCAAGAGUGAUUCAGGAGUGCUGGAAAGUUUAAAGGACAAUCGAACUCCACUUCAAAAUAUAACUCAAACAGAUUCGUCUUCAUCAUCUAUAGCGGCAGAGUAUAAUAACUUGGCGCCUGCUAUACCCCCUGAUCGUUAUACUCGUUUAGCCGAAUCGCGUUCAGUAACACCAUCGCCGCCCCCAAACCUCUCUUAUAUUUUGCCGUCGCGGACACAUAUUCCAUCUUUAUCGCCGAUAAACAGCUCUGCAGAGACUACACCUACUUCUGAUUCGCCUCCAUUGAAAAUUAAAUCAAUUUCCAAUAGCAUAGCACAAACGGGGCGAGCAAAAGCAGUGAUAAAUUCAAAAAUAACAAGCCUUACCUCGUUUCUUAAUGUAAAAGCACAAGCGAAAAAAUUUUCCAACAAAAUAAAUCAAACAAAGAACCGACAACCAAUCAAAACGGCCGACGGAAGACCGUUUUAUGAAGCCGAGAGUCCAGAUGAGCUUGCGCUGGUGAACGCUGCCUACAGCUAUGACUGUUGUUUGGUCAAUCGUAGUCCAAAUCAUAUACUAGUUAGCAUUGCCAACGCAGGUAUUAUAGAAUAUGAAGUUCUAAAGAUUUUACCUUUCGAUUCGAACCGCAAGUGCAUGUCCAUCGUUGUUCGUCGCACUGGAACGCAGGAAAUCAUACUUUAUUCAAAAGGUGCCGACAGCUCCAUUAUGCCUGUAUUAGCGCCAUGCGCCCCAAACACUCCGGAGGGUCUAAUGCGAGAAAAGACCCUACAACAAUUGGAUCGCUAUGCGCGUGAUGGUUUGCGCAUAUUGGUCAUGGCGAAACGGAUACUUAACCCUGCUGAGUAUACCGAAUGGUGGGCGCGUCAUCAAGAAAUUGAAAUGUCAUUAGAGAACAGAGAACGACGAAUUCGUGACUCGUUUGCAAAGCUGGAGUCUAAUUUAAUAAUAUUGGGUGCUACGGGCAUUGAGGAUAGGUUGCAAGAUGGCGUUCCAGAGACGAUAGCUGCUAUGCUUUCCGCCGGCAUUUCAAUGUGGGUGCUAACAGGCGAUAAGCCAGAAACGGCAAUCAACGUUGCGUAUUCGGCGAAAUUGUUUACGCAACAGAUGGAAAUAAUACGUCUAACGGCACGUUCCCGCGAUGCUGCCGAGAGUGCAAUUAAUGUUUACUUAGCCGAGUUGGACAACAGCAAGUCAUCCUAUAAUACUCGGCUGAAACCACGUGCUCUGGUGGUUGACGGAAAAACACUCACUUUUAUCCUGGAUUUGCGCUCGAAACUUAUUAGACCCUUCUUGAGACUAGCCAGAAGCUGCGCAUCUGUCUUGUGCUGCCGUUCGACUCCUCUUCAGAAAGCUUAUCUGGUAAAAGUGGUGAAAGAAGAGUUGCGUCUCUGUACUUUAGCUAUCGGUGACGGCGCCAACGAUGUCUCAAUGAUACAGAUGGCUGAUGUUGGCGUUGGUAUCUCCGGCCAAGAAGGUAUGCAAGCAGUAAUGGCAGCUGAUUUCACAUUAUCACGUUUUCGUUAUUUGGAGCCCUUAUUGUUAACGCAUGGAUACUGGUGUUACGAUCGCUUAUCGCGCAUGAUUCUUUAUUUCUUUUACAAAAAUGCCGCCUUUGUGUUCCUAAUAUUCUGGUAUCAACUCUACUGCGGAUUUUCUGGUUCUGUUAUGAUAGAUCAGAUGUAUCUGAUGCUCUAUAAUUUAAUAUUUACAUCGUUACCUCCCCUUGCCAUCGGCGUGUAUGAUAAGCGCGUGCCCGAGGAUUUUUUAUUACGAAAUUGUUUUUUGUACAAGCAUGGUCGACUGGGUCUCGCUUAUAAACCUCAUGACUUCUGGAUAAUACUCCUAGAUGCCCUUUACCAAAGUUUAGUAGUAUUUUUUAUGGCUUUGUGUUCAUAUGCUGACUCGGAUGUUGGUAUUUGGGAGUUCGGAGCGACGAUUACAGCUUCCUGUUUAUAUACGAAUUUAGUUCACGGUGCACUAGAAAUAAGAUCAUGGACAAUAUUACACGCGCUCUCUAUUAUCAUAAGUCUUGGUUCAUUUUAUGCCUUCUCUAUUAUUUAUAACGCAAAGUGUGUUAACUGUUUUGGACUACCGUCUACUUAUUGGGUGAUAUUUCGCUGUUUCGGGUCUGCAGUGCAUUGGCUCGUGAUACUCAUAUCGACCUUGGUGGCCGUUUUACCGCGACUCCUGUUUAUAACCAUUAAAAAUGCAUUAUUUCCUGCUGAUAGUGUAAAGAUUUUGCUACAAAGACAGAAAGACCGUAGUAGAGGUGAUGCUUUGUUAGUUGCUUGGUCAAGGUCAACAUCAGCUUCAUCAAUUUUUAGAACCGACGAUUAUGGGUCUAAGAAUCAAAUUAUAACGUCCAUUGCAUAAUAAUAGUUUCCAACUGCGAAAUUUUGUACGGUUAUCAUUAUUAGAGGGCUGCUAUACCUGAAUUCUUGGACAACAAUCAUCUGAUGAAAAUAUAUUUUAGAAACAUCUAAAAUAGUAUGCGCGGGAGGAUUAGAUCCAAAAGGAUGGUGUGCAUAUAUUUGCGUGUAUGACUGAAUGAGUUAAGGAGUACAGUAUUCCCCACUUAAUUGCACUUCAAAAAUUGCACAAUUUGGUCAAUUAACCGAUACAUGUUUAGUUGAACAGUUUGUCUAUUACAGAAGUUCCGCUAAAUAAGACAAUCUAAUCAAUUAAAAGAAAAUGCAUGUGUGCAUUUUAAAUCAUGAUCAAAUUUAAUAAUAUAGUUUAAACUUUAAACAAAAAAGGAUAAGGAAUAAAAACAAUUUAUAUUUAUUAUUUUUCAUACGUAAGUAUUUAGACUUGUCCUCACAUUUUGGGAGAUAAUUGUUAUAAAAAAAAA